AUGAAGAAGCACAAAGUGCCGUGUAAAAAGUUUUACAGACAGAGGGCCCACUGCAACCCCCUCUCGGACAGCUACAUAAGGUACCCCCUAAACUGCAGCUACGUGGACUGGCGCGUGCACUACCCCCAUUUGCCCUCACAGGGAAGCGACGCACAAACGGAAACGAUCAACAGUAUAGAAACGAAGCAUACUACCAACGGGGAGGAGGAAGGGCCCACCGAUGAGGACACCCCUCUCCUCCAGCUGAACACUAACAAGUACCCAAUCGACUACAACCAAGGUCCUCCCAAAUAUGCAGCCCACGCAGAUGUAACCAUCCUAGACGUCGGAUGUGGGUAUGGAGGUCUGCUAUUCGAGCUGAGCAAAAUUUACCCAGAUAAACUCAUCCUAGGCAUGGAAAUAAGGGACAAAAUUACCAACUACGUAGGGGAAAAAAUCCACUCGUACAGAAAAAACUACCCCCCUCACUACAAAAACAUUUCUGUCAUUAGGACAAAUGCGAUGAAGUUUCUACCCAACUAUAUAAAAAAAAAUCAGAUCGAAAAAUUGUUUUUUUGUUUUCCUGAUCCACAUUUUAAAAAACAAAACUGGAGGAGAAGGACCAUUACCAUCGAGAAUCUCUCCCUGUAUUACUACCUACUAAAGACAGGUGGCUUAAUUUAUUUCAUCACCGAUGUGUAUACGCUGUACUUGUGGGUCAAGUUCUGUUUUAGCAAGUACCCCAGCUUUCAGCUACUUAGCCCAGAGGAGUACCAGGACGACAUUUGUGUGAAACUCAUACAUGAAAGCUCAGAGGAAUCCAAGCGGGUUCGCAAAAAUCAGCAAGCGAUGUACUUUUGCGUAGCGCGGAAGGUGUAA